AUGUCCAAUCCUUUAGACACAGAUGCCGGGUCUGAACUAUUCAGUAGCUAUGAAGCCGAACUGAAACUCGUGCAAGCGGAUCUCAAUCAGAAGCUGGACCAGAUCGCGGAAGCUGCAGGAGAAGAGAGAAAGUCGGCGAUCCGACAGGCCGAAAGGGCUCUUGAUGAAGCAAACGAACUGCUGGAUCAAAUGCGGAUAGAGAAAGAAAACAUUCCUUCUGUAAGCCGUUCGAAAAUCAACGCCCGCUUCCGCAAUUUCCUCAGCGAUAUCGACGAAGUAAAGCGGAAACUCAAAUCAUUAUCCGACGAUCGAAAGGCUCUUUUUGGUGAUCGAUAUAGGGAUGAACCCGAGAGCGUUCAGGACCAACAUCUGGCCCAAAGACAACAGCUUCUCGCAGGCACGGAACGCUUGGGCCGUAGCUCUGCACGUCUGCAGGAGAGCCGGAGAAUAGCACUUGAGACAGAAGAUAUUGGUCGAAAUACCCUUGCAGAUCUUCAUACGCAGCGUGAAACGAUCGAACAUACCCGUGCUGGGUUGCUGGAAAGCGAGGGAUAUGUUGACAGGAGUGUAAAGACACUGCGAGGGAUGGCUCGUAGGAUGGCUACGAAUCGGAUAAUCACUAUCGCAAUUAUCACUGUCCUAGUUCUUCUGAUUAUUGCAGUUGUUUACAGCAAAUUCCAUUGA